AUGUUUUCGGGAUGGUGUUUCACAUCUAAUAGUGCAUGUCAUGAUGGGGGUAGAAUAAUAGUAAGCUGGAACCCUCUUAGUUUUACGGUGACUAUCUUGAGAUGCUCAAGUCAAUUCAUUCAUCUAUUUGUUGAACCAGUGGGUAAGCAGGGCAGUUUCUAUGUUACUUUCAUCUAUGGUUUCAAUGAAGAGGAUGGGAGGAGAGGACUUUGGAGAGAUUUGCAGGAGCUCUCUAGGUUGGAUUCUUGGAUUGUCAUGGGUGAUUUCAAUGACAUUCUCAGCAAAGAAGAGAGAAUUGGUGCAAGGGUAAGAUUUAAGAAUUCAGUGGAUUUUAGUAACUGUGUUGAAGCUUGCCAAUUAGAAGACAUUAAGUACAGUGGAAACUAUUUUACCUGGAAUAAUAAGCAGCAAGGAGAAGAGAGGAUUUUUUCAAAGAUAGACCGAGUUUUAGCUAACCAGAAAUGGUUAGACUCUUAUCCUACUGCUGAAGCCUUUUUUCCAAAUGAAGGAUUGUUUGAUCACACCCCUGCAAUUCUGACUGUUUAUGAGGUACACGGCACUAGCAUGUAUCAGCUAGUGACAAAGCUAAAGAGACUCAAACCAAUUUUCAAAGAAAUUAAUCAAUUGGGGUUUUCUGAUCUGCACUCUGCUGUUCUUAAAGCUAGAACACAUCUGGAUGCAUGUCAAGAUGCAGUCAGAGGGGAUCCUAUGAAUCAGGAAUUGCAGCUCUGUGAACUAGCAGCACGAAAAGAUUUUGCCAAGGUUCAUAAUGCAUAUCAAUCAUUCUUACAGCAAAAGGCUAAGUUGAGCUGGGUUAAAGAUGGUGAUGACAAUACUGCUUUUUUUCACAGAAGUAUUCGGGACAGAAGGUCACAAAAUCGCGUGCUUGCUAUAAUGAAUGAUAGUGGAGUUUGGGUAGAAGAACCACAACAAAUUAUUGAGGCCUUUUUGGAGUAUUACAAGAGGCUACUGGGCAGUACUUUAGCAAACAGAAAGGCUGUUUCGACCUUAGUUAUACAAGCUGGACCUGUGGUUUCAAAGCACCAAGCGCAUCUGUUGCAAGCUGAUUACUCCAUGGAAGAAAUUAAGAAAGCAAUAUUUGACAUACCUGGACUCAAAGCUCCUGGUCUGGAUGGAUAUGGUAGUUACUUUUUCCAAGAUAAUUGGAACCUUGUUGGAAGGGAUGUAUAUGAAGCUAUUACUUCUUUUCUCCAUACAGGGUAG